AAGGAAAUUCCCAUGUCCAUGUGGCUCUUAUAUUGGCCGCCAAACAAUUUUCACUUUGACCCCAACUGUUUUCAACACAAAUCUCCAUCGCCAUCUUCAUCUUUCCCUCUAUAAAUACCUGCAAAUAUCCCGCUCUCUUUCUACAUUUUCACAUCCCAAACCAAACAAAUAUAAAAUGCCUGAGAAAGAUAUCUCCUUUGCUGUUAAAGAACCCCGCUUGGUCGUCAGAAAGUUCCUGGCGAGGCCUCAACAUGAAGGCCUUGGCGCCAUUGUGAGAAGAAGCAUAGGAAGGUUUGAGUUGAGAUACUUUGAUCCUUUUCUUGUUUUGGAUGAAUUCUCAGUCACUGCUCCUGCUGGAUUUCCUGAUCAUCCACAUAGAGGAUUUGAAACAGUGACAUACAUGUUACAGGGAGCUGUUACUCAUGAAGAUUUUGAGGGCCACAAGGGGACGAUAGGAGCUGGAGACUUGCAAUGGAUGACUGCCGGCAGAGGGAUUGUUCAUUCAGAAAUGCCUGCAGCACAAGGCACCCAAAAGGGCUUACAAUUGUGGAUAAACCUCUCUUCAAAACACAAAAUGAUUGAGCCAAGGUAUCAGGAAAUUUUGAGUAAGGACAUUGCAGAAGUUGAAAAAGAUGGCAUACAUGUUAGAGUUAUAGCAGGAGAGGCCUUAGGGACAAAAUCACCAGUCUACACAAGAACACCAACAAUGUACUUGGAUUUCACUCUGAAACCAGGAGCUCAUCUGCAGCAACCGAUACUGAAAUCCUGGAAUGCGUUUGUGUACGUCUUGGAAGGUGACGGUAUCUUCUCAAGCAUGAAAUCUUCUCCAGUUUCAGCACAUCACUUGCUUCUGCUAGGAUCAGGGGAUGGCUUGGAGGCCUGGAACAAGUCCUCUAAGCCUCUCAGGUUUAUUCUAGUGGGAGGGGAACCAUUAGGUGAACCUGUAGCGCAAUUGGGGCCAUUUGUCAUGAACACACAAGAAGAAAUUGACCAAACCAUUGAUGAUUUUGAGAAUUAUGUUAAUGGAUUUGAAAAAGCCAGGCAUUGGAGAUCAGAAGCUGCAAUUAGCCUUGAUUUUUAGAUCAGGAUUUAGGGAGAAGUUAAUUGGUUCCUUUUCAGAUUAGGUGAUAAAAAUUGCCAAUCUCUCUAAAAAUGUACAUGAUAGUCCAAGAUUACACCAGAAAUUGCUAUCUAUUUCAUGGCUUCCUCUCAGAAGCUCAUAUUAUUUUCUUUUGUGAUAGUUAAGUGUAUUUUAUCAUAAUAUUUCUAAUAUUUGAAUUA